AUGCACAGGACAAAGUGCACAGAAAUGAUUAAUGGUGUUCUAGCACCAUACUUUCUGAAAAAGUUGGUUGCAGAUGUGGGUGACCAGCGUUUCAGCCUCCUCCUCGAUGAGUCCACUGAUAUAAGUGUUUCUAAAUACCUGGGGGUUGUGAUAAGGUACUUUAGUGACACCAAGCAGACAAUUGUCUCAACAUUUCUGGGGCUUGUUGAAUUGGAGGGAGGAGAUGCCAGAUCUAUAGCCCGUGCUGUUGUAGCUUUCCUCGAGAAGUGUGGUCUUAAAAAAGAGAAACUCCUGGGGAUAGGGACUGACAAUGCCUCUGUUAUGACAGGGAUUAACAAUGGGGUCCAUAAAUUCCUGAAGGAAGAGUAUGGCCUCAAAGAUCUGAUUCUUAUUCGCUGUGUAUGCCACUCUCUGCAGCUUGCUGUAAGUCAUGCUUCUAAUGACACCAUCCCCCGUAGUGUGGAAUACUUGGUACGAGAGACUUAUAACUGGUUUUCAGUGUCUCCAAAGCGCAGGGAGGCCUACAAGGCCAUAUAUGAGACCAUCAACUGUGGGGAAAAACCUUUACAGAUUACCAAGGUCUGUGCCACACGUUGGCUCUCCAUUGAACCUGCAGUUUCACGCAUUUUGGACCAGUGGGAGGAGCUUAGGCUGCAUUUCUCAGUUACCAAGUCCAGUGAACACUGCUACAUGGCUGAGGUUUUAUAUUCCAUGUAUAGUGAUCCUCAAAACAUUUUGUAUCUGACUUUUUUGAAGUCAGUGCUGGGUGAGGUACAGUUGGCCAUCAAGGCAUUUGAGGGAGAGCAAGUAGAUCCUCUUAAGCUACUUGACAGCUUGGUUAGCCUGAUCAAGUCUGUGAGCAGCAGGGUGCUGAAUCCACUUGCAAAUAUUGAUGUACUCAAAGGUCCAAUAGAUGGAUACAUCAGUCCCAAACCGUACCUUGGUUACCUUUUUGAGUCAAAGGCAGCUGAGCUCCACCUUUUGCCAGAGGAUGAAAAAAAUGUCCGAAAGCGGUGUGUAGCCUUCACCAUCUCUCUCACUAAUGAGUUGAGGGUGAGACUGCCGGACAAUAUCGAAGCAUUGCAGUACAUUACUGUUCACCAGAAGAGAUCAGAACCAGAGCCCAGCUGUGUGUCUAUAAAGAGUGACCAGUCCUUGGACUGUCCAGUUAAGUUUAAGAGUGACACGUCUAUAGAUGAUCCACAAAAUUUCAGUACUGUUCACCAGAAGAGAUCAGAACCAGAGCCCAGCUGUGUGUCUAUAAAGAGUGACGAGUCCUUGGAUUGUCCAGUUAAGUUAAAGAGUGACGACACAAGGCUUAACCAUGAGUUAAUCCUGCCACCCAGUGUGGUUGUACAAAAACCCACCUGUAAGAAAUAUGACCAGUCUAUGAAUCAACCACAGGACAGCACGUAUCCUGGUGUCAGCCAUGAAUUCCUCAACAGGUUUAAAUCAAAUCUGAUGAAGAAAUUCUUUUGUCUUAAUGAGGGAACAGCAAAACAGGGAAACCCAACUCUGCUGAAUGAGAUCUACACAGAGCUCUACAUCACAGAGAGUGAGAGUGGAGAGAUCAUCAAUGAGCAUGAGGUGAGACAGAUUGAGACACAAUCCAGGAGAGCAGCAACAGAGGAUACACCGAUUAAAUGCAAUGACAUCUUUAGACCUUUACCUGGACAAGACAAACACAUCAGAACUGUGCUGACAAAGGGAGUCGCUGGCAUUGGGAAAACGGUCUCUGUGCAGAAGUUCAUUCUGGACUGGGCUGAAGGGAAAGAGAAUCAGGAUGUCCAUCUCAUAUUUCCACUUCCUUUCAGAGAAAUCAAUUUGAUGAAAGAUAAAACACUCAGUCUUUCAGAUCUCCUGCAGUUUUUCUUCCCUGAAACUAAAGACAUGGAAAUGUCCAGUGACAAAUCUAAAGUACUGUUCAUCUUUGAUGGUCUAGAUGAGUGUCGAUAUUCGCUGGAUUUUCAGAGCAAUGUGAGGUUGUGUAAUAUAUCAGCCUCGGUGGACGUGUUGCUGAUGAACCUCAUUGUGGGGAAUCUGCUUCCCUCUGCUCUCAUCUGGAUCACCUCCAGACCAGCAGCAGCUGAUCUUAUCCCCUCCGAGUGUGUCCAUCAAGUGACAGAGGUACGAGGCUUCAAUGAGCCACAGAAGGAGGAGUACUUCAGGAAGAGGAUCAGUGAUCAGAGCCUGGCCAACAGGAUCAUCACACACCUGAAAUCGUCAAGGAGCCUCUACAUCAUGUGCCACAUUCCAGUGUUCUGCUGGAUCUCAGCCACUGUUCUAGAGAAGAUGUUGAGUGAAGAAGAGAUUGAAGAGAUUCCCAAGACUCUCACUCAAAUGGACACAUACUUCCUGAUCAUUCAGACCAACAUCAAACAUGAGAAGGACUAUGAGAAGAAUGUGACAGAUGAAGACAUGAUUCUCAAACUGGGUGAACUUGCUUUCCAGCAGCUUGUGAAAGGAAACCUGAUCUUCUAUGAGGAAGACCUGAGAGAGUGUGGCAUUGAUGUGACAGAAGCAUCAGUGUACUCAGGACUGUGCUCUCAGAUCUUCAGAGAGGAGUUUGGCUUGUAUCAGGGGAAAGUCUUCUGCUUUGUUCAUCUGAGCAUUCAGGAACAUCUAGCAGCUCUAUAUGCCCACCUCUCCUGUACAAGCAACAACAUAAAUGUUUUUGACCAAAUCACCAAACAGAGUUCGUUGUGUGUAGCUAAAAGCUGUUUUCAACUCACGAUUAAAAAUGUUUCAUUAUCUAAGCUCCAUUGGAGAGCUGUGAAUGAGGCUUUACAGAGUAAAAAUGGACAUCUGGACCUUUUCUUGCGGUUUCUUCUGGGUCUGUCAGUGAAGACUCAUCAGGUUCACCUACAACGACUAAUAAAAUGGUCAAGAAGUAGCAAUGAGAAAACUGACAGCAAUGAGGAAACUGACUGCAGUGAGAAAACGGUUAAGCACAUCAAGAAGAAGAUCAGGACCACUAACUCUCCAGAGAAAACCAUAAAUCUGUUUUACUGUCUAAAUGAACUGGGUGACCAUUCACUAGUGCAAGAAAUACAACAGUAUCUGGAAUCUGGAACAAUAAGUGAAGCCAAACUCUCUUCAUCUCAGUGGUCAGCUUUAGUUUUUGUGUUGUUAACGUCAGAGGAUGAGCUGAAUGAGUUUCGUCUUGAUAAAUUUGUUAAAGGAAAGAAUACACAUGAAAAUAUGAAAGUUCUUCAGAAGCUGCUGCCUGUGAUUAUAGAAUCCAGAUCAGGUCAGUUGAAUAAUUGUGGCAUCACUGAUGAAACUUGUGCUGCUCUGGCCUCUGCUCUGAGAUCAAACCCCUCACACUUGAGAAAUCUGAAUAUGUCUGAAAAUAAACUAGGAAAGUCAGUGACUCUGCUUUUUGCUGUACUGGAGGAUCCACACUGUAAAUUGGAGAUACUGUGGUUGAUGAAUUGUGGCAUCACAGAUGAAGGUUUUUCUGUUCUGGCUUCAGCUCUGAGAUCAAACCCCUCACACCUGAGAGAACUGAAGGUGUCUGGGAAUGAGCUAGGAGAUUCUAGUAUGAAUUAUCUAUCUGAUCUGAAGGAUGAUCCAAAUUAUAAACUGGAGACUUUAUCCUAAUGCGAGUAUAUUUUUACUUAAAGUUUUUUAAAUGACCCAAGUCCAGUAACAGACCUCCCUUGUGUGUAAUUGGAGAAUAUAAUAGCUCUGUUUUAGUCUCUGUACUUGAAACUGUAACUUCAGAGUUUAAAGGGAUAGUUCACCAA